AUGGCGGGUACGGUGGACCUACUGGACCAGGAUGUGAAGCAGCACCCUGCCUUCAUGGACAUCCACAACCCGGCGGCCGGUCUGGGCAUGCAGCACCACCAGGCCUACUCGCAGCUGCGCUCCUCUUACGGCAACAGCCAAGCACAUGACGCCUUCGCCAACCAGCAGAGAGCGCCUCUUGGCGGCUACUCCUUUGCAAUGAACAACUCGCCACUGCACAACAACUACUCACACCCCGGCGGCAAUCCGUACCUCGGAUCGUACGCACCACCACCGCCCAACGUCACCUCCUGUGCGCCCUGUCCAUCACCGCCGCGAGAGAUUAAAAAUGAGCCAAGUAACAGCGGCAUUGACGAGUCCCCCACCAUUCGAGUGAAUGGCAAGGGAAAGAAGAUGCGCAAACCUCGCACCAUAUACUCCAGCCUCCAGUUGCAACAGCUGAAUCGAAGAUUUCAGCGGACACAGUACCUAGCACUACCAGAACGCGCUGAGCUGGCUGCCUCUCUUGGCCUCACUCAAACACAGGUGAAAAUUUGGUUCCAAAAUCGGCGAAGCAAGUACAAGAAAAUGCUCAAAUCGACGGGACCAGUGGGCAGUGGACCGAACGGAGGACCGCCGACGAAUGGCGGGGGAAACUCAAAUCUAGGUCAUCCGCCUAGUGCCACCACACCGCAGACGCCACCGGAGACGCCGGAGACGCACUCGCCACCGAGCGUCGGUCCACCCUCGCUCCUGUCCGGAUCGUCGGGCGGCGGGGGAGGGGGCAAUGGCUCCCUGGGCGGCAAUGGCCAGCAAAACUCGUCCCUCUCCAGUGCAGUCAGUCCGCCGGCGAUGAGUCCACCAAUUACCUCAUGGGACAUGGGCCAUGCACACGCAAAAGCAGCUGCCAACAUGUCCAACAGCUACAUGCCUCAGUACUGGGGACCAUACCACCACCACGGCCAUGACUCCUCCAUAAACCAGCAACUGCUGACGUAA